GUUAUCGUCUCUAGUGAAGCGAAGGACAACUAAUGCAUCAGUCCGCAUUUCGUUGGAGCAAAGCGGGGUCGUACGCAGUGCAAGUGCUGUCCGUAGCUAUCGUGAUUGAGCUGUCUAUAUAGAUCGGGCAACGCAGUCAGUCCUUGACACAAGGCUAUACCACUUCUCUUGUGUGCUUCUCUUUAGUAUUUUGGGGGCGCAAGAUGUCUGGUGUGCACCAUGAUCCUAACCAGGCUUCAAGCAGCUUGCAGCGUCUCGUGUCCUCGGAGUCUCGGAUACGGGAAUCAGUCAUGCGAAACGAUCUGCUCUUUGCCAGAUCCUUGGAUGCUCAUUCAAUCGAGCUGACAAGCGUUAAUUCCAACCCUUCUUACAGUCCCGACGAGAUCACAUUCAGGGAUCACAUCCAUCUCUCCACUUAUCUUGUACAAGAUGCGAGUCGGACUUCCAACCAGAAUACCUCGAUUCAGCUCUACUCUAUACAUCAGAAAAACACGUGGGCACCGCUAAGCGCAAGCCGAAAGAUGAUCGCUCUACUGUCCGACCACUAUCAGCUUACGACUGGUUUCUUCCAAAUCCUGGCUCAUUUUCAAGACCGACACGUUGCGACAGAAGAAUCAUUUGCGGGGGCCUCGCGCUCUACGUAUUCGUCCAACCGACUAGAGUUUGGGUGGAUCUACAAAUAUUCUGAAAAGAAGCAGGUCGGAGCUGGGAAUCCGUGGCGCAUCAGGCAUACGGGCAUCUAUCACGUAUUUGACCGCGCACAUGGGAGGACGACUCUCUUUGUCAUAAGUCCUCGUCCCAACGCCUAUUUUGCCACCCAUGUCAAGACAAUCAUGCAGCAGGCAAAACAUAGAGCGUUGUUACUCGCGAACCCAAUGCUGAUACAUCCAAUGCUCGUCACAAGCCAUCUGUCCUUAUGGCAAAGUUACCUUGAAUACCAUGAGGCUUUGCUCCUCAAACUGGAUAUGAAGCCAGCCUGCUCUUCGCUUGGCCAGUCUUCAGUCACAUUUGAGACACUGAAACAGGUUCGAGAAGUUGAGAAAAAGAUCAUCCCUCUAGAUUCCUUAUUGACAGUGCUGGAGGGCCUGAUCGAUGAUGUCCGAGAGGCGAGCCGAGUGUUUGAAUCUCCUCGCGACUCUGACGAUAGCGUGCUGGAGAGUAUACAGGCGACUCUCAAAGAUUCAAGAAGAGAGGUUACGUCGUAUAAACUCCAAGCGUGUUAUCUGCAGAGAAGGGCUCAGUCGAGUGCGCAGUCAGUUCUAGACGCCUUGAACCUGGGCUUCCAAAAGCUGGCCCAAGAGCAAAGCAGAAAAACCUCUGUCAUGGCAAAAUCAGCACGAGAAGAUUCUGUAGCUAUCAGAGCUAUAACGCUUGUUACGUCAUUCUAUCUGCCUUUCUCUUUUGUUGCGACUGUGUUUGGUAUGAAUCUGGUGGACUUCAAUGCGGAAUCUCGCAACCUUGUCGUGUCAAGCCAGUUCUGGCUGUACUUUGUGAUAUCAGUGCCGCUCACCGUAGUCACGUUGGCAUGCUGGCGCUGCAGGAUGCAAAGAUAUCGAAAAGGUUAUGUGAAAGAAGAUACGGAGAUGAGUGACGAUGCAGUAUGGACCGAUGGCAGUGUGGAUGUGGAGAAAGUUUAGUUGGAAACCUAGUCAUUCUACCCGGAAGUGAUCCAUCGACCUUGACUGCG